ACAUCCAGGGACUCGCGUUGAUCCACUGCCUCAACGCGACUCACCUCCUCAGCCCCCCGCGAUGGUUGCGGCGAUGCGACGACCUGGCACGCAAUCCAGCAUCGACUACAACGCUCUUCACUGCUCCCUCGGUCAUGCCAAUUCCAAGACGCUGUACGAGACUGCCAAGCAGAUGGGUAUCAAGGUGACCGGCACUCCGGAGUACUGCGAUGGAUGUGCGGAGUCGAAGGCGAUUCAGCGCUCGGUCCCCAAGGUCAUCUCCCCCUCCCGCCGGACGACGCGGCCUCUUGAGCGUGUCGCGAUGGACCUAGCCGGUCCGUUCGGCCAAUCCAGCGGCGGUGCCAAGUACGUGAUGCAGAUCCUGGACUACCAUACCGACUACGGAUGGAUUUGCUUUCUGCGGGAGAAGAGCGGUACAAACGUGGUGACGGCCUUUCGUGCGUGGUAUGCCUCCAUCAAAUCGCCCUUGGCUACUCGCGGAGGGCUGGGCUGCGUUCUGACCGACAACGGAACCGAGUGGGUCAACGCGGAGUUUCGGAGGCUGCUGGCGGAGCUGAACAUUACGCGGGAGCUCACGGCGGUCGACGGGCCCAAGAGCAACGGUCGUGUGGAGCGGAGGAUUGCACUAGUGAUGGAGGGGGGCAAGGCUUCGUUUCUGGAGUUCCCGAAGUCUUUCCCCGGAGUUACGUUCCCGACCAAGGCGCCGUCCUUCCGGGCCAUCUGGCCCGAGGCCUUCGCGUGGAUGAACGACUCUCUGAACAUCGCAGCGGAGGUGAGCAAGGAAGACAAGCGGUGCCCGGAAGUUAAGCUGUACGGCAGGAGGAGGAUCCGAGUGCUUCUGCCGUUCAUGAUGCCCGGCUUCCGUCACCGUCACCGCCCGUCCAAGAUGCACAGCAAGGGGGAGCGGUGCUUCUUCUGAACUCAGGCCAGAAUCAUUCCUCUGCGACGCACAAGAUCAUCACGCCGGGGUGCCCACCUACUCUGAACACUGCACCUUCGGCUUUAGCAGCCAGGGCUUUCGAGGAGAUGGG